CCUUCAUGUGAAAUCUUUCUGGCAUGGAGUGGUGACCGCUCCAGGAAUAGAGGGAAAGUGUAGGGGAGUCAAGAGGAACGUGCAGAGAGGGGAGCGAGGGUGAGGGACAAGAGCUACAGGGCCGGAGAUCGGCAGAUAAAAGGACCACUCACUAGCGAGAGGGAGAAGCGCGAGUAAAGUGACCAGACCCCACGCGGACUGCGGAGGAGAGCGGGCAGAACAGGCGCGUGGAGGCUGAGCGCCCAAGCAGUCAGCCCCCGGAUCGCAAGAGGGGAGCCCGGGACGAGGGGUCCGCGGGCGCGCGCGGGGUGGGAGGCGUGCAGCAGGGGCAGGUCGGGGGCCUCGCGCUCCCCUGCCCUCAGCGGCGCGCGAUGAGCCAGGCCAGCCGGGUGUGCUCCGGCUACUACAGCCUCAACCAAAGCUUCGUGGAGCCAUUCCAGUGCCCCCGGCGCGGCGACGCGGCCGCCCUCCUCUACUGCUGCGGCUUCGCCGACCUCAAAUACUGCUGCAGCGAGCCGGGCAGCUACUUCCCCUACAAGCACAGCUACAUGUGGAGCCUCAGCGUCGGAGCCCUGAUUGGACUGGGAGUUGCUGCCCUGGUUUUACUUGCCUUUGUUAUCAGCGUCUGUGUCCUUUGCUACUUAUUUCUGUACACAAAGCCUCAAAGAUUAGACACUGGCCUUAAACUUCAACAUCUAGAGGCUGCUUCCCCUCAGGAAGGCAACUCAAACAGAAAAACCAAAGUCUUCAAUUCAAAUGCAGCAUCAAAUUCAAUAAAUGAAACAUUCUAUGUAGCUGAUGAUAUCGUUCAAGAAAAAACAAUGGAUACGACACAAAGCGACAUUGCUUAUUAUUAAAAAUCCUGUGUUGUAAAAGCUUGCUGGAGAGAUGAAGCAAUAAAGAGUGCAUUUCAAA